AUGGAGCGCAUCGCUGAUGGCGCCAUCGCGGAGCUGGCGAAUAGCAAGCUUCGUUUUGUACAUAUUCGACAUGAGGCUCUUGAAGAGAGGAGCGACGUGUCUCAGACGGCCUUGGACUACGCGUGGCAGGUGGUUGGCCAGGAUGCCCCUUUGCACGCAGCCCUGGACGAGGUGGGAUUCACCGACGAGCUCAGGAUGAAACCUGUUUGCGAGCUUUCAGGAGGUUGGCGUGUAAGGCUUUUGCUAGCGACAGCAGUCGCCCGUGCUGCAGAUGUGCUGCUCUUGGACGAGCCGACGAAUCACUUAGACUCGCAGGCAGUGUCCUGGCUGGUGAGCUACUUGAACCACCGCAAGUCCACUUCUGUGGUGGUUUCACAUGACGCGCUGUUCCUGGACCAAAUCUGCACCGACAUCAUCCACUUCGAUGAGUGUCAGCUGAAGUACUACCGCGGCAACUUCAGCGUCUUCCAGCAGCAGGCUCCACAGUUCCACCCAAGGGACUUGCUGAAGGUCCGCUCCGAGAGCCAGCCAGAAAUGGCGUCCGUGCGGAAGGCUGUCCCAACGCCCCAAGGAGGCUAUCGCAUGGCCUUGCCAGUGCCCGGAAAGGAAGCCUGUGUUGGAGCUGAAGGAUGUCUCUUUUAG